CCCUCUUUCUCUUCAGUAUAUCACCAUUUUCUUCUUCAUCCAAUCUCUACAUCACAGCUUCAGUUUAAUCGUUCAAUGGGCGGCGGUCCUCGUACGUUCCCGGGUGGUCUCAACAAAUGGCAAUGGAAACGCCUUCACGAGAAGAAAGCCCGAGAUAAAGAAAAACGACUCCUUGAUCAAGAGAAACAGCUUUAUCAGGCCCGAAUCCGAUCUCAAAUCCGGUCUAAAUUAACUACUUCCGACGAACAAUCAUAUAGAUCUCACGAACAACAACAGCCUAACUAUGGCCCAGUUUCACCCCAAGACCAUAUUAAAUCUCUAGCCGAUCGAUUCAUGAAAGAAGGUGCUGAGGAUUUGUGGAACCAAGAGGACGGCCCAAUUAAUACCCCACAGCACAAUCAACAUCGUUCAGGAAUUAGUGAGCCUAUUGAUUUGCGUAAAUUGAUUCCACAAAAUUGCAGUUUUCAGAAAGCAAGACAUUUCUGUACGAAUGUUAGGAAUGACGUGGCAGAAAAUUGGAGAACCGAAAUACCUAAAUUUUCGAACAGUUGGUCGAGACAGAAUAAUCUUUUAAUGUUUGGAUGGAGAAUGUUUAAUAAAAAUGAGAAUAGAAAUGUAAAUAAUUUGAAUAGUUUAUUGAACUUUAGAUAUUAUUCCAUGGAUACGAGAAAGGGGAAUCGGUCAAGGAAAUUAGGUUUCACUAGAAAUGAGAAUUCGUCAGAUGAAGAUACCGAGGAUGAUGAGGAUGAGGAAGAGGAGGAAGGGCGGAGUGGAGGGAGUGUUAAAAUGAUGAGUAGUGCUGCUCUAGGGAAGUAUGAUAUGAAGACGAAGAAGAGAGUUCCAUUGAAGUUUGUGGAAAAUGAGGAUGAUUUAUCAUUGCACGUGGAGGCGAUAAGGAAGGAGGUUAGAGAGCGGAGUAAGCAGAAAAGUGAAAGCGAAGAAGAAGGCGAGAAGGAAUCGAUACUUAGUUCGAAAAGGUUUGAUGAAUGUGAUGUAUCUCCUUUGACAGUCAAGGCCCUUACUGCAGCAGGUUAUGUGCAAAUGACUAAGGUGCAAGAAGCAACACUUUCUGCUUGUCUUGAGGGAAUGGAUGCUUUAGUUAAAGCAAGGACAGGCACUGGAAAAAGUGCUGCUUUUUUGCUUCCAGCUAUUGAAACAGUUCUGAAGGCCUCAAAUAGAAAGAGCGCCCAAAGGGUCCCACCAAUAGAUGUACUUAUUCUGUGUCCCACGCGAGAACUUGCCAGUCAGAUAGCUGCUGAAGCUAAUGUUUUGUUAAAGUACCAUGAAAGCAUUGGUGUGCAGACACUAGUUGGAGGGACGCGGUUCAAGGAGGAUCAGAAACGUCUAGAGUCUAAUCCAUGCCAGAUUAUAGUUGCGACACCUGGUAGAUUAUUAGAUCACAUUGAGAACAAGUCUGGCUUCUCUACACGAUUAAUGGGAUUGAAGAUGCUUAUACUUGAUGAAGCUGACCACUUACUGGACCUUGGGUUCCGGAAAGACAUAGAGAAACUUGUCGAUUGCUUGCCUCGGAAAAGGCAGUCUUUACUCUUUUCAGCUACUGUCCCUAAGGAGGUCCGUCGAGUAUCUCAACUUGUUCUGAAAAGGGAACAUGGUUAUGUUGAUACGGUGGGGCUCGGUCUGGAAACGAAUCCAAAGGUUAAGCAGUUUUAUCUCGUUGCACCGCAUGAACAACAUUUUCAACUUGUGCACCAUCUUUUGACAAGCCAUAUCUCAGAAGUGCCUGAUUACAAGGUUAUUGUUUUUUGUACAACAGCGAUGAUGACAUCCCUCAUGUUUUCCCUUUUCCGUGAGAUGAAAAUGAAUGUGAGAGAGAUCCAUUCCCGAAAACCUCAACUUUAUCGUACUCGAAUCUCCGAUGAAUUCAAGGAAAUAAAACGUGUAAUUCUUAUUACCUCCGAUGUGUCAGCUCGAGGGAUGAAUUAUCCUGAUGUGACACUGGUAAUUCAGAUUGGUAUUCCUGUUGAUCGGGAGCAGUAUAUACAUCGGCUUGGAAGAACCGGGCGAGAGGGCAAAGAAGGAGAAGGCAUCCUGUUGCUUGCACCUUGGGAACAAUAUUUCUUGGAUGACAUAAAAGACCUCCCCAUGGAAAACUGGCCAGUUCCACAUCUUGAUCCUCGUGCUAAAGUCAAGAUAGAAGAAGCAAUUGGAAAGAUGGAUGCUAGUGUCAAAGAAGCAGCUUAUCAUGCUUGGCUCGGUUAUUAUAAUUCAGUAAGGGAAAUAGGCAGAGACAAGACGACGCUUGUCGAGUUAGCUAACCAGUUUAGCGAGUCUAUUGGUUUGCAAAAGCCUCCUUCGCUAUUCCGUAGAACAGCUCUAAAGAUGGGAUUGAAAGACAUUCCAGGCAUUCGGAUACGAAAGUAGCACAAGGUUCUUUGGUUUUACGUUAAAAGAUUUUUUGUCAGAAGAAAGUAGUAAUUUGGCCUCAGACCAAUGGGUACAAGUUUUAAGGAUUCUUUAACAUAGAUCCGAAAACACCAUUAGCAGGAAUUGUAUUUGGCCUUUUGAUUGCAUUUAGACAUCUGGUGAAUGUGUUAAAUCUUCUUGAAAAUGAAUGUAAAUAUUGGAGUGCUGAAUGAACUCUGUAAACCUCCAGCGAGGACCUGUCAAUGGGCUCGUGUUCAUUCAUCCAUUGACAAAUUCGUAUAUUUUAAAGGAAUAUACAAACCGAAAAAAAUAAAUGUAAGUACAUUAUAUAAUUCAAUAUUUCCUCCU